AUGCCUGAUUUUGCUAAAUAUCUGAAGGACCUGCUGACCAAGAAGAUAACGGUGCAACAUGAAACUGUGAGUUUGACUCACACUGUGAGUUCCAUCAUUUCAACAACUACUGUUCAGAAGAAGGGUGAUCCUGGGGCCUUCACCAUUCCUUGUUCUGUUGGACACCAUGAUUUUUCUCGUGCUUUGUGUGAAAAUGGGGUGAGUAUUAAUUUGAUGCCACUUGUUAUAUAUAAGCAAUCAGGUUUGGGGAUGCCAAGGCCGACUACUAUGAGGCUACAGAUGGCUGAUAGAUCUAUUAAGAAACCUGUUGGCAUGGUUGAUGAUGUUCUUGUGCGGGUUGGUAAAUUCAUGCUGCCUAUAGAUUUUGUGAUUCUUGACUGUGCUGUUGAUCGAGACAUUUCUAUUAUUCUGGGGAGACCUUUCCUUGCUACAGGGAGAGCUCUGAUGGAUUCAGAGAAUAAUGAAAUCAAGUUCCGAGUCAACGAUGAGGAAGUUACUUUUCAGGCAAGCAAGAGGCUGAAGUUACCAAGUGAUUAUGAGAUCAUUUCGGUGAUUGGUUCUUUGGAUGUUAUAGAUGAAGCGGUUGAGUUCAAGAUGGAAGAAGAAAGUUUGGGUGAAGCUCUAGCCGGUAUUCUUGUAAACUUUGAUGCUGAAGACAUGAAGGGUUGUGUGGAGACGGUUAAUUCGCUUGUUGGGUUGGGUUCAUAUUCUUACCACCCAAAGAAGCUAAAUCUUAAUCUGCAAAAUAGAACAACUCCUCCAACAAAGCCUUCGAUCAUUGAACCACCGAAGUUGGAGCUUAAGAAGCUCCCAUCACAUUUAAAGUGUGAGUUCCUUAGUCGAAUAAUACAUUGCCAGUAA